AUGGAUUCUCGAAUGUUUUUAUUGGAAUUCCAUAUUGGAACCAUUCAUUUCGACUCCAAUUUUAAACCAGUACCUCAGAAGGAAGAGAUUCUCAUCAAUGUUAAAUUCGCUGAUGUCAGCAUAAAUAUAGAUCCAGAAGAACUACCUCCCGUUAAAACUAACGAUAAAGACCGCCAAGUUUUGUACAACAUGGGCAAAUCCUACCUAUUCACCACCUCUCCCAAAGAACUUAUCAACUCGCUCAAGGAACAGCUGGAAAUGUCCUUGAGAGUCAAUCAGAAAACCGUCGGGUGCGCUGCGUUGACAUGGUCGAACGACUUCACUGAAAUGGUAAAACUCUUUGAAAAGAUCGGCGUAGUAAAAGCUGUAGACUACAGCGACGUUGAAGAAUUGAAGGGCAAGAGUGGCCAAGUUGUCGGCAAGAUGGAUAUUUUUUUGCGACUCUCCUGUUUGGGAAAUUCUGUCGAAACGCAAUAUCAAGCUAAUGUCGUGGGGCAGCGUAAGGAGUACAUUUUCAAGAACCCUUAUGACAGGCAUACGUUCAAAUGUGAACUGAUAUCCGGAACGGAGGUCCUUCCCGUGAUGAACCUACUGAAUCCGGUAACCAGAGUCGAAAACACGUCCCGCGAGGUUGCCCACUGCGCUUCCUGGACGGAGAUAUUCGGCAUGGGCGAAGCACCCUCGAAGGCCAGCUACUCCCCGUUUGUCGGCAGCGAAUUGCAGCAGGGAGGGCUGAUCCCGCUGACGGAGAUCCUGCAACGCAACAGCGUAGAAACCAUCUCUAUCGUUUUCCGACCGGAAGAAAAUAAGUUUUACGACUUGCUGAACGUGUUCAACACGGAAGUGAGCACCACUCGCGACACGACUAAGCUUACUUUCACUAAGGAGAAGGAGAAGCCGGCGGUGGGGGCGUCUGGCGUACAGCAGCCAGAGGAAACCGCCAAAGUAGAUGAUCCGCUUGAAUUAACGGCGGAUAAGAUUAAUAAGAAACUGUGCAAGAACAAGGAUUGUCCUGCUGCCAAGAAGUUCAAGGAGUACGGUAUUGGACCACUGGCCACCGGGAAAGGGCUAGGUACUCUCUACGGAGACAUAGAAUCGCCUAUUGAAUACGGCCUCAGUCACACCUACGGCACAAUGAGCAAGUACGGCCCGUUCGGUAUCUAUUCAAGGCCUAAACGUCCAGAUCAACCCUUCAUUCCUUCAAAGAAUGCUCAAGAAACCACAUUACCCCCAGAACCGAAUAAGAAAUGCUGUAAAUGCUGCGGUAGGCUGAGAGGAGGCGGACCUUGGCCAGAUCAGUCGUUCAAAUUUGGAAGGGGCGAAAUACAUAAUAGAAGUUGCUCAAAUUCCAAACAGAGAUGGAGCGAUAUACUCAGAUUAAAAGGCGGUGGCCCUUUAGACGUAAACAACUCCGGCCAGCUAAAAUCGCCUAUAAAGGAGUGCAAAGCGGUUAUGGACAAAUUUGACGAGAUCCUGGCCGCAUACAAGAGGGCCCUAGGGCCUUGCGGGCAAGCGACGUGUCCUAACGCUCCUAGUAUGGCACAGGAAAAAUGCAAGAGUGUAUGCGGAAAGGGGGAAACCAUCCCGCGCGGAAAGGGGGAAAGCAUCCCGCGCAAUAAGAAUGGUGGCGUCCUCUGCGAAACCCCCUGCGAUAAUAAGGAAGGCUAUACAGCGGCAGCUUGUAGAGAUCCGAAGUGCGCUUAUGCCAAAUAUAAACUAGAUUUAGUAGAUGAUGACGCUGCUAUAGAACUCCAAUUUCUACCUCCGGCUGUAUCGGGUAAGUGCGGCCAUCCAAAAUGUCCAUACCCUCUCCAGCCAAACCUGCCGCCCAUCCAUUGGGACUGCCCCGAGCCCCUUCCAAAAGGCAUCUGCAAGAACCCAAAUUGUCCCCUUCAGCCGCCCGAUUUGAAAAAAUUAAAGUGUCCCGCGCCGAAACCGGGACCUUGCGGCAGUUCAGACUGCCCGUACGCCUUGCCUCCUCCUUGCGAUUUGCCCACCUGCCCCUUUAGGCCAAAACCCACGUGUCCCUUCCUUGAAAAAGAACAGAAAGUGUCAUGCUACCAACCGGAACAACAAGAAGAAGAAGAGUACGUGUGCGAAAAUCCCGAAUGUCCUUUCGCGAAUGAAAAAAUUAAUCCAUCGGAAAGUUUCGAUAUGAAGGGACAAUUUAUCGAUUGCGCCAAUCCACAGUGUCCCUUCGCGACCAAAGGUAAACCCUGUAGACCUAAAGCUAAGUCUGAUAAAAUGAACAUAUGCGGUAAUCCGUCCUGUCCAUUCGCCAAUGUGAGAAAAAUGAAGCUGUGCGGUAACCCCUCCUGCCCGUACGCUCCCAAACCAAAGAAACAGAGUUACUCGUGCGGCGACCCACAGUGCCCUUUCGCAGAAAUGACAAACGGAACCAGUAAGCCGAAAAAAAGCGAUGUCUGCGAUGACCCAAACUGUCCCUUCGCCGGCAUGAACCACCCUUUAUCAAAACCCCCCAAAAACAAAUCGAAUGAAACUGAGAAUUGUGAUAAUCCCGAUUGUCCCUUCAACGAAGAAAAGUGCUCCAAAACAUCAGCGGAUUGCAACGAGAGCCAGAGUGUAUGCGAGAAUCCAGAGUGCCCUUUUGCCGAAAAAGAACAACCUCCGGUGUGCGACGAUCCUCUGUGCCCUUACAUGCAACCCUUGCCUUCUUGCGGGAUCCCAGGGUGCCCCUACGAACCGAUACCCGUGAUUCCUUGUCCGGGUCCGAAAAAACAAAGCAUCGUCAAACAACCCGCUUCUUCUCAAGACCCAGAAACGAUCGUAAUGGUCGAAACCGAAAUUGUGCAAGUAUCGGUAGAAAAGGGAGAGAACAACGAGGUAUGUGGAGAUAACGGAGGUGGAAAAGUGGAACAGAUUGAAAUGGAGAAGAAUGGCAAAAAGAAAAAGAAGAAACGCAGCAAAUUCGUCUACACCAUGGGGAACCAGUACCCGGGUGUCAAAGUGGGACACAAAGAAUGCGUCACACCAAUGUUUAAAGUACCACCAAAAAUGGGAUGGUUGUGGAACAUUCCAAUGGAAGUAAUGAAUUUAAAGCCAAGAAGGGGUUGGAAGCCGGGCGCGAUCCAAAAGAGUAUAGCGGCCAAAAUCAGGGCACACAGAGAAGCCAAAGGGUUGGGCAUCCUGAGAUUACCGAAGUUCAAAAAGAACAAAGGUGGUAUCGGCUACGAUGACGAUGGCGACGACGUGGUCGUCACCCCGAAGCCCACGCUGCAGAUCCAGAAGAAGGACGGCGCCUACUGGAUCACCAUGAACCCGCUCAAAGACCCCAAGACGCUGGUGGACAACGAGAACCCCUACAUGGAAUGCACGCCCAUGCAAUUCAAGAUCACAAAGAAUAAGAAGAAGAAGGACGAUGACGACUCCAGGCUGUGCUACUGCGAUGAGGGCGAUGACGAAUCGUCGUCCAGCUCCGAUAGCGAGCUAGACAUAGAAUUCACUCCGCCCGCGGGCAUCAUACACCCCGAAAGGUUCAAGAAAAAAAAGAACAUAGUACACUGCGAAGCGCAGUACGACACUAAAGACUUCGAGCCGGAAAAACCGGAAGCGAAGGGAAAGAAAGGCAAGGGUGGAAAAGGGGAUAAAAAGAAGGGUGAUAAAGGUAGUGGCAAAGGUGGUGAUGAAGGUAGUGGCAAAGGUGGUGAUAAAGGUGGUGGCAAAGGUGGUGGUAAGAAAGGGAAGAAAUAG